AUGGAGGAGUACCUUGAAGCCAUUCACCAACUCUAUGAGGAGUCGCUGGUCACAGGCAGCCUCUUCCCUGUGACAGCCCCUGUUCUGGUGAUUGAGGCUGACCACAACAUGGAGAAGAUGUUACAAAUACUUGAACAGAACCGGGCCCGGAUAUUAACACCAGAGGACUGGAAGCAUGUCAUUGAGGGCAGCGUGGAGACUGCACCCAUCAGCACCUGCAGCCACGUGCUGUUCAGGAACCCGGAGCAGUUGGGCAUCUUUGCUGUCAGGAAUCUUGACAUGUUGCGGCAGUUUGGGGAGUUUGUAAGUGAACACCCAGUGGAUAUCUUGACCUAUGUGACUUGGAAGAUAAGCAGCUUUCCCAAGAACUAUGUUAUCAGCAGUGGUUGCAACCUGGAUUCAGCCCAGUUCCACCACCUGAUGGAGGAAAGGCUGGGCAUACACCCACUGAGCUGCCAUGGCUGGAUCCUUGGGGAGCAAGGAGACUCCAGCGUUCCUGUGGUUGACAGUGCUUAUGAAGUGAUCAAACUAAAAGGCUUCACAUCCUGGGCCAUUGGACUGUUGGUGACAGAUUUGGCAGAAAGUAUAAUGAAGAACCUUAGGAGGGUGCACCCAAUUUCUACCAUGAUUAAGGGGCUCUAUGGACUCAAGGAUGCUGUCUUCCUUAGUGUCCCUUGUGUCCUGGGACAGAAUGAGAUCUCUGAUGUUGUAAAGGUGACUCUGACUCCCGAGGAAGAGGCACAUUUGAAGAAGAGUGUGGAUACCCUGUGGUCCAUCCAGAAGGAGUUGCAGUUUUAG